GCAGUCUUUAAGGUGAGGAAAGGUUGUGAACGAGCGUGAUCCCCUAGUCCCCCGGCCCCAUAGAAUGGAAAUGGCUCACGAGGUAGUGGAACUUGCCAACGAGCUGGCUCGUGCCGUGAAGAUAACGAUGGAUCCAGACGCGACACAGCAAGCUAGGAUGGAUGCGUACGUUGCUUGUGAACGGUUCAAAGAUGUAUCUCCACUCUGUGCACAAGCGGGUCUUUCGCUGGUGACCGGUAAUUAUCCGCCAAUCGUUCGCCACUUUGGACUGCAGCUAAUGGAGCAUACGGUCAAGUACAACUGGAACAGUAUCUCGCAGCAGGAGAAAAUAUUCAUUAAGGAAAAUGCCAUGAAGCUGCUAAAUGCCGGUGUUGGCGAGGCACAGGAUCAAAGUUUGGCUCAUAUCAAGGAUGGUGUAUCAAGGAUUAUUGUGGAGAUGAUAAAGCGGGAAUGGCCCCAACAAUGGACUACGCUACUGGUUGAGUUGAGUGAUGCGUGUUCGCAGGGUACGGCCCAAACGGAGCUGGUACUGCUAGUGUUCCUCCGGCUGGUGGAAGAUGUAGCACUGUUGCAGACAAUCGAGUCCAAUCAACGGCGGAAGGACAUUUAUCAGGCACUAACGGUGAAUAUGUCGGAGAUAUUUAACUUUUUCCUACGACUUAUCGAACUGCACGUGGGCGAGUUUCGAAAUGCUACAACCGUUGGUGACAAGCACAAAGCACACGGACACAGUCGUGUCGUGCAGGUUGCGCUACAAACACUGACCGGAUUCGUGGAAUGGGUAUCGAUCAAUCACAUCAUGGCAGCAAACGGACGGUUAUUGCAGAUUCUGUGCAUUCUGUUGACGGACGUCGAGUUCCAGCAACCGGCAGCUGAAUGCCUUGGACAGAUUACAAACCGACGUGGCCAGCUAAAGGAUCGUAAACCGCUGCUGGUACUGCUCGAAGAUGCACCGAUCGAACAUUACUUUCAAGCGGCCACACAGCCCGAACGUCUCAGAACGGAAUCGUACUAUUUGUUUCUGAAGAAGCUUAUCACGGUGAUGACCGGAUUGGCGUCUCAAAUGACAGCACUCUGGGGCAAAGAGGAUUCGCCGCCAAUUCGACCACACUGUUUGGCGACCUUCCUAGGUACGGUACUGAUCUUUACGCAGCAUUCGAGCUACAGUCUCACGCAUCCUGCUGCCCUGAUUUGGACCAGUCUGUUUAAGCACGAACAAAUAUCGAAGGAACCGCUAGUUCUCGGCUACAUUCCAAAGGUGAUCGAAGUGAUCGGGCAGAAGAUCAUCAAGAUUAACUAUCCGCUAACGCGCCCGACAGAAAUUACGCUAAAUGCGGAAGCGUAUGCCAGCCUCGAUUAUGACGGCGAGGAAGAAUGGUUAGUGUUUUUCUUUCGCUGUCGUACAGAUUUUCUGGAAAUCUUUCGCCAAGCAACACUCAUCGCACCGCUCGUAACGUUUUCCUACUGCGAACACUGGCUCACUGCAAAGCUGCAGAAAAUGGCUACAACCGAGCGUAAUACUGCGUGCAGUAUUACCGAUCCGAUAUAUCUAGAAUGGGACGCACUUACGAACGUGUUGGACGGUGUACUGUCACGCAUACUGAUGGUUACCGAGCGUCCCUCGGUGUCGGCCGGGUUGCGAUUGCUCGAGGAAUGUCUGAAGGUAGAAUCGAAUGAUCCGCUCAUCCUGUCCGUGCUGCUGUCCUGCAUCUCCUCACUGUUCGUGUUUCUCAGCAUGUCCUCGUGCCAGAUAACGGCAGCGAACUGCGUGGCCAUGACCGGUGUGCAGCUGCUGCCACGAGUACUGGAGAAGAUAUUCGCAUCGCUCGUCUUUCAGGAGCCGGGCGAAACGCGCCACACGCGCACGGUGGAAGUGAAAAAUCUCCGCCGUCAUGCGGCCGCGCUGAUGGUGAAAAUUGCCCACAAAUAUCCUCUGCUGCUGUUGCCUAUCUUUGAUCAGAUCAAUACGAGCGUGAAAAAUCUUAUCAUCCAACCGGAACGGCUCAGUAAGGUGGAGCAGGUAACGUUGUUGGAAGCGUUGCUGUUAAUAUCGAAUCAUUUUUGCGAUUUCGAGCGUCAAAGUGGCUUCGUAGGGGAAGUCAUCCGCGAAGGUGUAUCGAUCUGGGGUGGGAUGUUGAUGCCGGUUGUGAAAAAUGCGCACACCUUCAUAGAAUUUGUCGGAUUAAACCAUCCAGCCAUCGAACCAUUUGCCACGACAAUUGAAGAUCCGUACAAUGUCAAUCGCAGGCAGCUUACGUACGCGCUUGCGCUUGUGCUGGGAGUGAUUAAGCGUUGUUCCUGGCCAGAUGAUCCUGAUCGGUGCUCGCGCGGUGGAUUCGUCGUAGCACUGACCGAAUCGGGCAAUCCGAUCUGUCGAAAUCCGGCCACCUCCCACGUUGUCCCACUGUUACCUCACAUUCUAUCGCUUAUGCGAUGUCUCAACGAGCUGUGGAAACCGGACGCUUUGCAAUCGUUUUCCGACUCGUUCCGCAAUGCCAAUGGGAUGCAGGAGAGCGAGAAAAAGCAACUGCUCGGUGUAUCACCGGUCCUACAGGAUCCGCUCGAUCCGUCGCAAAAACUGCCACCAACGGCUUUCGGGCGGAUGCAAACGUUUUUGUCGAACAUCUUCGAGCACUGUUACCAUAUGAUGGGGUCGGCUGGGCCGUCGCUAGGGCGAGACCUUUAUGCGCUGCCCGGCAUCGCGAACGCUAUCGUUGGAAGCGUGUUUUCUAGCCUGGAGUACGUGCCCGACUUUCGUCUCCGCACCAUCGUGCGCGUGUUUCUUAAGCCAUUUAUCUACUCCUGUCCACCAGUGUUCCACGAAGCUGUCCUGUUGCCAAUAUUUGCCCACUUUGUUCCAUUCAUGCUGACAAGACUGACCGCUCGCUGGCAUUACAUUACAUCGCUGUACGAAUCGGGCGAACUUGGGGAGGAUGUUAGCGACACGCAGGAAGUGUUAGAAGACAUGCUCAAUCGUACGCUCACCAGGGAGUACAUUGACGUGCUGAAGGUGGCACUGGUCGGUACUACCAUCGAUCCGACCACUAAUUCAGCUACCGAGGGGACAGUGGCCGGUGGCAUGGAUCAGGACGAUCAAAGUAUGGACGGUACACCGCAAGCGCUGACACGUGCAGCACAAACUGCCAUGACGUCGGAGGUCAUUAGUGAUUUGGGUGGGAAAUUGUUGAAGAACCAAUACACCAGCAAUCCGAUCGUGAUGACGGUUUUGAGCGUACUUUCGUGGAAUGAUAGCAUUUCCAGCCUGAAAGCGACACUCCUGAGCGGUCCAAUCAUACGCUUCCUAGCGUCGGAACAACUGAUCACCGAAGCUUUGGCAUCCAACAUUAUUGUCGCGGUGCUGAAAGCUCUUCAGCUGCAUGGGCAGCACGAAUCCAAUCAGACAUCGCUCAUUACGCUCGGUGUGCAGGCGUACGAAAUACUGCGGCCCAAGUUCCCGAACAUACUCGAAGUGCUGCAGCAGAUCCCGAAUGUAAGUGCUGGCGACAUACAGAAGCUGGACGAAAAGAUAUCGUCCGGCAGCACCAAGGGCAACAAGAUCGACAAGGCAAAGAAGGACCUGUUUAAAAAGAUUACAACGAAUAUUAUCGGGCGUAACAUAGGUCAGCAUGGUCGGAAAGAGGUGAAAAUACUGAACCUGCCACCGAUCGUUCCGCCGCCAAACAAUCAACGCUCGUCAAACGCAUUUAACUUGAUCGAAAGCAACCAGGAAACUGGGCUGGCGCAUUUAUUCACCAGACGCAGUUAG